GCCAGGGCUGCCCGCGGCGCUGCCUGUGUCGCCGGGAAGCGCCAGUCAGCUGAGAGCGCCGUGGCCGCCGGGAGAUGCUGUGGAUUGCAAUCUGGCUGGGCCUGGGGCUGCUGGGAUUGGUGCUGCUCCUGCGCCAAUGGUGCUGGGGCUGGGUGCUCAUCUUUUACCAUGAGCUGGUCCUACAGCCACUCAAGAACCUCAUCAUGGGCAACAGCAAGGAGCAACGUAUCCUGAACCAUGUGCAGCAGCACGCUCAGCGCGGGGACCCGCAGAGUGUGCUGGAAACCAUCGACACCUACUGCUCAAAGAAGGAGUGGGCCAUGAACGUGGGUGACAAGAAAGGAGAGAUCAUGGACGCAGUGAUACAGGAGCACCGCCCCUCCCUGCUGCUGGAGCUGGGGGCCUACUGUGGCUACUCGGCUGUGCGCAUGGCCCGCCUGCUGCCCCCGGGCGGGCGGCUGUUCACCAUGGAGAUCAACCCUGACUUUGCUGCCAUCACCCAGCAGAUGCUGGACUUUGCCGGCCUGCAGGACAAGGUCACCGUGCUGCUGGGGGCGUCCCAGGACCUCAUCCCCCAACUGAAGCAGCAGUAUGACGUGGACACUCUGGACAUGGUGUUCCUGGACCACUGGAAGGAGCGCUACCUACCGGACACACUGCUGCUGGAGAAGUGUGGCCUGUUGCGGAAGGGGACGGUGCUGCUGGCUGACAACGUCAUCUGUCCAGGGGCCCCAGACUUCCUGGCACACGUGCGUGGAAGCAGCAGCUUCGAAUGCACCCACUACAGCUCAUUCCUGGAAUACAUGUCAGUGGUGGAUGGGCUGGAGAAGGCCAUCUAUGUGGGCCCAGGUGGCCCAGCAUGAUCUCAACCAUGCACCCUGCCCUGGAUCCCUCCAACAAGCUGGCCCCUGCCAACCCUGCUUCUGUUACUGCUGCCUGGGGUAUCUGCCUUCAAGUGCCAGGCAUACUCAGUGCCUGAAAGUCCUGGGCCCUGGCCACACCUGCCUCCCUAUGCUGUGAUCCCGGGCAGCUAUGCAGUGAACAAAGGGAUGCCAGCAGGAUAAUGCCUGGGCCCAGCCAGUGGUGCUCCCAUCCGAUCUCUGGGCUCCUGAGACGCAGGCCUGGCAGGGCCAGGAGCUGCUUCUGCAAACGGCCUGGCCUUGCCCUCAAGCUGUCCUCUAGGUUCCUGCCAGCAGGUGGCAGCACAGUGCCUCAGCCACAACUCCACUUUCCAGCCCUGCCUGUACUUCUGACAGGAUGAAUUCUAACCCCUUGACGUCCGGGCAGCUGUAACCACCUUGGACACAACUGCAUACCAGGGAAAUUAAAGACCUAGCAUUUCAAUA